AUGGAGGUAACAUUUUUAAUUGUCAGCGUUUAUGUUGAUGAUUUGAUUUAUACUGGUGAUGAUGAGCAAAUGAUGUUAGAGUUUAAGGUGUCCAUGAUGAAAGUUUUUUAUAUGACUGAUCUGGGGAAAAUGAGAUUUUUCUUGGGAAUAGAAGUGUUACAAACAGAAGAUGGGAUAUAUAUGGGACAGAGAAAGUAUGCUUUGGAAGUGUUGAAGCGCUUCGGAAUGGAAGAGAGCAAUGCAGUGUUGAACCCGAUUGUGCCUGGAGUCAAAGUUGGGAAAGACAAGGCAGGAGUGAAGAUUGAUGAGACCUACUUCAAACAAAUAGUAGGUAGUCUUAUGUACAUCACGGCUACUAGGCCUGAUUUGAUGUUUGUUGUGAGCCUAAUCAGUAGAUACAUGGCAAGACCAACGCAGCUGCAGCUGCAAAUUGCAAAAAGAGCCUUGAGAUAUUUGAAGGGGACAGUAGACUAUGGCAUCUGCUACAAGAAAGGAGGCAACAAGAAACUAGUUGGUUUCACUGACAGUGACUACGCAGGGGACUUAGAAGAUAGAAAAAGCACAUUUGGGUAUGUUUUUAUGUUGAGUGGAGGAGCAGUAGCAUGGAGUUCAAAAAAACAGCCUAUUGUUACGCUUUCUACAACCGAGGCUGAGUUUGUAGCAGCUGCAGCUUGUGCAUGUCAAGCGGUAUGGAUGAGGAGGAUUUUAGAUAAGCUAAGUCAUUCACAAGAUUCUUGCACCACAGUAAUGUGUGACAACUCCUCUACCAUAAAGCUCUCAAAGAAUCCGGUUAUGCAUGGACGCAGCAAGCAUAUAGAUGUGCGCUUUCAUUUUCUGAGAGAUCUGACUCGGGAUGGAGUUAUUGAACUCGUGCACUGUGGAACCAGUGAUCAAGCAGCAGACUUGUUGACAAACAAAGCCGCUCAAACUGGAGACUUUCCUGAGGCUUCGAGACCAGCUAGGAGUGUGCAAGUUGCCAGGAGUAAACUAACAGUAGUUAGUUUAAGGGAGGGAAUGAAGUGA